AUGGACUUUUACUACGCGAACCAGCAGGCUAUCCUCACGGCAGUGGGCGCCUUGUCUGGCAUCAUUGCCCACAUUACUGUCUACAUCCGAGGAGAAUGGCAUGUUCAAGCACCUCAGAUUACCCUUCAGCUAUUUGCACUCUACGUUGGCGUCCCUGUCCUAGUGCGCAUUCUGAAGGAUACUGUGGUCGCUCAGAUUCUCCAGGGAGUCGUGUUCUGGAGCUAUGGGUAUAUACUCGGCCUAAUUGCGAGCAUACUCUUGUAUCGCAUCGUCUUGCAUCCUCUCACCAGAGCUAGCUUCCAGGGCCCGUGGUAUGCAAGAUUCACCAAGAUCUGGCAUGUCUGGGCGGCCAGGGGAUCAAUGAAUCACCGUGUUCUUGAUGACUUGCACAAGAAAUACGGAAACUUUGUCAGAACAGGCCCUGCCGAAAUCACAGUGUUUCAUCCGGAUGUGUUCAUGGCAGUCGAUGGACCACGAUCCGAGUGUAUCAAAGCAGAGUGGUAUGACAUCUUACAUCCGGGCCAGGCCCUUGUCACAGCACGAAACAAGUCGGUUCACGCAGCUCGUCGUCGUGAAUGGAACAGCGGCUUUACUACAAAAGCCUUGUCGGAGCAUGAAGCCAAAAUCCUCAAGUAUGUUGACAAGCUUGAUCAAUGCAUCGCGGAAGAUGCUAAACUGGAGAAUGUGACCAACAUGCGAGACCUUCUCCUUUGGUUCGGCUUUGACAUUAUGGGAGACUUUGUCUUCAGCAAAUCCUUUGGCAUGCUUGAGAACAAGCAAUGGCAUCACAUCAUCGUCCGUCUACAGCGGGCUCUUUCUCUGCUGGGGCCAUUCAGCUCAGUGCCAUGGCUCAUCCAGAUUGGCUUCAAGCUGGCUCCGCGAGUUAGCGUUCUGAAGGACUGGUUUGACACGGUAGCAUGGUGCCAGUCCCAGAUGCGCGACAGACUCGAAAACGGCAGCGCUAGCCAGUCGCAAGACCUGUCCUACUACUUGAUGGAAAAGGAUUCUGAAGGAAAUGGAGCUACUGAGAAUGAAAAGUGGCACUGGGCAGCAGGAGACAGCUUAUUAGCAAUUGUGGCCGGAAGUGAGCCAACAGCAGUCGCUCUAAUUGCUGUAUUCUGCGAGCUUGGCAGACACCCUCAACAUGCCGAACAGAUUCACGAGGAAGUGAAGAAUGUAGAUGUUACGGAUCUCAAGACCCUCGUCAGCCUGCCGCAUCUCAACGCUGUCAUUAAGGAAUCUCUUCGCCUGCAUCCCGCUCUCCUUACGGGCGGCAAUCGCAAGACGACCGCAUUUGGCCUCACUAUUGACGAUCAGUUUAUCCCCCCCAACACGACAAUUGUUGCUCCUCGAUAUACCAUCGGAAGACUAGAAAGCUGCUUUGAGAGGCCUUCUGACUUCAUCCCAGAGCGCUGGACAACUCGGCCCGAAAUGGUUCGAAAUGGGGCAGCAUAUGCUCCAUUUGGUACAGGCCACCACAGUUGCUUGGGUAAAACCCUGGCCCUGGACACAAUGAAGUAUGUGCUGGCAAGGAUCUUGAAGAACUAUCGUUUCCGGGCUGCACCAGGGGAGGACAGCUUGAGUGCCCUGGAGACUGUGAGAGACCAAUUUACAUCUAACCCCGGCAUCUUGAAAUUACAAUUUGAGAAGAGACAUACCAUCGACUAG